AAGGCCCCAUGGAAUUUGGAGCUCACUCCUCGCUCCUUCGCUUAGUCAUCUUCGCCUUUUGUUGCAUCUUGUUGUGCUCUUCCUCCUCGACUCACCAUGAAGUGAGAGAGGGUGCAGUGCUGGUGACCGGCACUGUCUAUUGCGAUACUUGCUUUCGACAACCCGACGCUAAGUCCACUCAGGUCAUCUCAGGUGGUUGGGUGGCAGUGGAGUGUGGAAGUUCAGGUUCAAACAGUCCGAGCUACCGGACGGUGGUCAGGACUAACCGGCAAGGAGUGUUUCGAGCUCACCUUCCGGCCAAAAUCGGCGGCGAUCGGCUCCACUACCUCGAGUCCUGCGCGGUGGAGCUCAUCAAAACCAACCAGCCCUUCUGUGCGGUGGCGUCCUCUGCCACCGUUCCCCGCCAGCUCCGACUCAAGUCCAGGCGGCACGGAGUCCACGUCUACUCCGCCGGAUUCUUCAGCUUCAAGCCGCUGAACCAGCCGGAGAUGUGCUCCCAGAAGCCGGUACCGUUCGGAGACCAGAAGGCGCCAGCGGAGGAGCAGGCCGGAACCGGCGGGUUCUUCCCUCCACUUCCGCCCUUCAACUUACUGCCGCCGCUACUGCCGAGCUCGCCGCCGGCCUCGUCGGCUCUCCUGCCGCCAUUUCCUCUGCAUCCACCUUCCGCGCCGGUUAACUUUCCUCCGCCAGCUGAUACGGCGAUCGCACCGCCCCGAGCCGGAUGGGGCCUGUUAUUCCCUCCGGCGACGCCGCUAGUCCUGCCUUUUCCUAGGCUCCCCGGUCUUCCGCCGGCGUUUCCUUGAGAGAAGCAGACAUCGCCAUGACUGUGGAGUUGUUUUGAAUGUUGUUGCCGUGCAAUUAAAUAAAUCCUCUAACUAGUUUCUCUUAUCUUAUCCCUGUUUACAUGGAAGAAAAAUAAAAAUUACAAAAAAGUUUUCCGCGUGGA